UCUUUGCCUCCUCCGCUUCACUCUCUCAUUCUUUCUCUCUCUGCAAGACCCAGUCUGCGAAUGGCAACAGAAAUACCUAAUAUACAAUGCUCAGAGGAUUCAUAAAUUUGUGAAAUUAAAUUCAGCUGCUUUCUCUUGUUGGCUGUAAUGGGUGGUAAUGGAAAGCACAGAUGGAAAAUUUCCUUCCAUCAUCGCUCUUCCUCUACAUCCAAUUCCAAGCACAAACAUAAUCAACCUCAACCCCCAAAAGAAUUCAUUUGCCCCAUUUCUGGAACUUUGAUGUCUGACCCGGUUGUCGUUCCCUCUGGUCAAACUUUUGAGCGGGUCUCUGUUCAAGUUUGCCGUGAAUUGGGAAUCGUGCCCGCUUUGGAAGACGGAUCCCGACCCGAUUUCUCCGCCGUCUUCCCUAACCGAGCUAUUAAGUCAACCAUUGUCAGUUGGUGCGACAGUACUGGUACGGAGCAGCCGAAGCCACCUGAUUACGAGUUCGUUGCGAAUAUUGUCCGUACACAGAUGAAAUCCGAUCCAGAAAUUAGGGUUUCGGAGCGGGAGCUGUUGCAGGGAGUUGCAGAAAACCCGCCGGUGAUAUUCUCACAUGCGGCAACUGAGUUAGGUCACCGAGUCAAUCAUUUCUACUCGAGCUCUUCCGAGGAAUCUGUCAUCGUCGCGCCUAGUCCACUUACACCUCUGCCUCUCGCGACUCGCCCUGCGUGUUUCUCUUCCUCUUUAUCGUCCUCGUCUUCCUCUGAGACCACUGAAGCUGAAACCCUGACCCAAAAUCCUAGCUUUUCCUCGUCUUCCUCUUCUCCCGAGGAAGAAGAAAUCUACAGUAGGAUACGUAGCACGGACAUAUACGAUCAAGAACAAGCCGUGAUUUCACUGAGGAGGAUGACGAGAAACAAGGAGGAAGCUAGAAUUUCUCUCUGCACGCCUCGCUUACUCUUAGCCCUCCGACCUCUGAUUACGUCAAGGUACUGUGUGGUGCAGACAAACGCCAUAGCUUCACUGGUGAAUUUGUCGCUGGAGAAGCAAAAUAAGGUAACAAUUGUACGUUCUGGAUUCGUUCCUUUGUUGAUUGAUGCGUUGAAAGCUGGUUCUAGCGAGGCGCAGGAGCACGCAGCUGGUGCUCUCUUCAGUUUAGCUCUGGAAGACGAUAACAAGAUGGCGAUGGGGGUUAUGGGCGCGUUGCAGCCGUUACUUCACGCGCUCCGAUCCGACAGUGAGCCGACUCGGCAAGACUCGGGCCUGGCUCUGUACCACCUCUCAUUAAUCCAUGGCAAUAGAGUGAAGCUGGUGAAACUCGGAGCCGUGACGACUAUGCUGUCGAUGGUGAAAUCGGCCGAGUCAGCGAGUCGAGUGCUACUGAUUUUGUGCAACUUGGCGUCGUGCGAUGAGGGCAGGUCAGCAAUGCUGGAUGCGAACGCGGUGGCGAUACUGGUGGGAAAAUUGAGGGAGUGUGAGUCAGACUCGGAGGCAACUCGUGAGAGCUGCGUGGCGGCGUUAUUUGCCCUGAGUCACCGGAGCUUGAGGUUUAAAGGAUUGGCAAAAGAAGCGCGAGCCAUGGAGGUGCUGAAGGAAGUGGAGGAGAAAGGUAGCGAGAGAGCUAGAGAGAAAGCCAAGAGGAUCUUGCAGAUGAUGAAAGGAAGAGAGGAAGGAGACGACGAAGACGUCGGCCAUUGGACGUCUGUGCUGGACUCUGGAGGACUGAGUCGAACUCGGUGCCGAGUUGGUGUGAGAUCGAACGGUCCAAAUUCCACUAAUUUUUAGUUUUUACUUUUGUUUUUAACUUUUUUUUUUUCCUAUUUUGCCCUUUUCUUUUCUGCAUAGGAUAGAAUGUAAAUGUAGGGAGGAUUUUGAUUUCAGCUACCGAGUUGGACUCGGUGGUGGGUUGUGUAAAUUAAUUUAUUAGUGGGGAGGAAUGUCGAAAGACAAUAUUCUGA